GGUCAAAGUCCAGUCCAGUAGUAGUAUAGUACACUACACUAUACUAGCUGGUACAGUACAGUAACUUACUUUGCCUGGCCCUAUGUUAGAUCUAAAUGUCGCAAUGAGAGCAAAGAUUGUUGUUACCUGCUUAAUACUGUUAGGGACUCUGCUUAUUAAGUCAGGUGAUGGAGCCACUGACACCUUAGUCUCCCCCACUGUUCCCAAUGGAAGACUGUGUUUCUGUCCUGGUGAUGUGGAGACCUACACUUGUACUGUGGUCGGUGGAGCUGUUACAGUGUGGUCAGGAACUGCCUUUGACUGUCCCUCAAGCAAUGAAAUACAAUUAGCUCAUGCUCUGUACUCUGGAGGGACUGCUACUGGAGAAUGUGGGGCUAUUAUUGGUAAUGGUAUUUCAGUGGACACUAGUGCAGCAGAAUUUUGCUACACAUCAGAACUGUCAGUCACUAUUAGUGCCAACAUGGAUGGGCAAACUGUAGGAUGUACAAGAGAUAUUACUCUGAUUGGCAUUGAUUCAUUGCGAGUAGCAGGUCCACCCCCACCACCAACUAACAUGAUGGUGACAGAGGUUGGUGUGUCCUCAUUUACUAUAACUUGGGUGGAGCCAACCAGUAGCUGUGGAAUUUCCUUCUCAUACGAUGUCGUCUCAGAUUGUGGAGGCUCUUGUUCAGUUAGUUCCAGCACGUCAGGAGUUUGUUCUGGUUGGACUGCUCCACAGAGCUGCUCAAUUAUGGUCAGGGCCAACUCUGACUUGUGUGGUGGUCAGACUGGAAGCUUCAGCACUCCUGUAAUGCUAAACUUAAUGGAACCAUCUCCCCCUCCUGAGGGUGAUGUCAGUUUGCUGGCAGUGUAUUCUGAUAACAGCCUCAACUCUAUCACUGUCACCUUCCCAACAGUAAGUCCUGUUGAGGUUGCUCCUGGUUUGGUUCCUGCAGUUACUUACUCUGUACGAACCAUUGGUGAUCCACAAGUUGUUCUCAAAGGCAACUGCAAUGCUACCCUGUGUCAGUACCAGACGGAGUUCACUAGUGAUAAUCGUCCCAGCAAUGAUUUUACUGUGACUGUUACCGUGUCCAAUGGAAUUGGAGGUGAUCAAUCAGUGAAUACACCCUUCCAAGUGCCAGUCAAUAUCUCUUCUUUGGUUACUCUAACAGUUGUUGUAAUAGAUUCCAAUGCUAAUGUGUCCGCUCGUUUGUCCAGUGGUUUCCAAGGCUCCACCGGUUUGACAGUGACCUACGGAAUAACUCCUAACUGUGAUGCCAACACUAUGAUGACAGCUAACGGCAUGGCUGGGGAUACUCUGAAAGUUGUCCUGGCAUCUCUACAACCUGAUUUAACUUAUUGUUAUUCCAUUUACUUCAACCAAAGAGUACUAUCAUUUAAGGUGGUGGGAGUGUUCCGCUCAGAAUGUGAUGCAGCUGAUCUGUCAAGUCACAGUGUGUUACAAUCCUCAGAGGUGUGUUUAUUAGAUGGUUUUGCUGGUGGUAUCACGAUCCCUAGUGGACGUGUGUGCUACACUGGGACAGUCCUUGGAGCCCAACACACGGCACAAUCUUUCUGCAACCAAGGUUACCAGCUCAUCUCCACCUCCUCUCCAUCCAGAGUGUGUCAGAGUGAUGGCACAUGGAGUGGAACUGUUGCUCUGUGUGAACCUAUACCAUUUCCAAGUUGGGUUAUAGCUGUCUGUAUAAGUGAUGUUGUCCUCUCCUUUGCUAUUGGAAUUGUUGUGGGAAUAUUGCUCACUCAUUUUUGUGGGAUAUUCGUACAAGGAAUUCGACAAAGAAAGUGUGGCACUCUACUGUUGGUCAUUUUUCUUAUAAUCGUGUUUGGUCUUGGAAUUGGUAUUCUCAUUGGCUACUGCUGUGUGAAGAACAAGAAAGAAACUCAGAAGAAAAAGUAUAAAGGAUCAGUCAAAGAUGAAAAUUCAAAAGGGAGGUCUGAUAAAUUAACUGGAACUGAAAUGAGCUCACCACCACCUGUGGUAUACAAAGAGAUUUUAGACCCCCUGGCUCAAGAAAACCUUGCGUACAGCCAUGUUCAACAAUUACAGGCUCCACUUGAACAGAGAGGACCAGUAUACGAGGACAUUAAACCAGACCCCCACACUCAGGGGAACGUUGCUUAUGGACAUGUGCAAUUUCAUUAGCUCCAAGCGGCAUACAAUGAAUUAUAGUGUUUUAGAGUAAAAUUAGUAUCAGUUUUAUGUAAUUAGUGUCAGUUUUUUUAUCCUCCCUGUGUAAAUCUCAUGCAUGGUUCAAUAAACUUAUAUUCAUGCACUAUAAUCACUACAUUA